UGGGCCACGAGGGCCGUGGUGCGUAAUGUCUGACGGUUGAAUAUUGAUGUACUGUAGGCUCUUGACCCAAUACAGUAAAUGGGAUUUUACAAUUCAAAUUCUCUCUAUUUUUCUCCUCAGGACUUCGUCAUCUACCUACUGAACGUUUCAAGCACUUUGAUUGGUCGUUGUAGUGGCGAAGACAAGGAGAGGUCAAAGGUUGACUUCCUGCUCUCUGCCCCCGACAUCCUGCCUCGUCACUGCUGCCUAUGUCGUCAUGACAACAACGAUAAAGGUUGUUCCACCGUCUGGCUCCGCCCCUUCCACAGCGCUAUGGUAACACGGAACGGGGAGACGUUGUCCAAAGAGGCGGAGCUUAGUCCAGGUGAUGUCAUCGGGAUAGGACGUCACUACCUGUUCUUGUUCAAGGACCCCACUGCCUGGGUUGUUAUGCAGAAGGUGAAUAAGUUAAAAUCAAAUCAAAUUGUAUUGGUCACAUACACAUGUUUAGCAGAUGUUAUUGCGGGUGUAGCGAAAUGCUUGUGUUUCUAGCUCCAACGGUGCAGUAAUAUCUAACAAUUCACAACAAUACACAUAAUACACACAAUCUCAAAGUAAAAUAAUGGAAAUAAGAAAUAUAUCAAUAUUAGGACGAGCAAUGUCGGAGUGGCAUAGACUAAAAUACAGUAGAAUAGAAUACAGUAUAUACAUAUGAGAUGAGUAAAGCAAAAAUAUGUAAACAUUAUUAAAGUGACUAGUGUUCCAUUAUUAAAGUGGCCAGUGACUUCAAGUCUAUGUACAGUUGAAGUCAGAAGUUACACUUAGGUUGGAGUCAUUAAAACUCGAUUUUCAACCACUCCACAAAUGUCUUGUUAACAAACCAUAGUUUUGGCAAAUCGGUUAGGACAUCAACAUUGUGCAUGACACAAGUCAUUUUUCCAACAAUUGUUUACAGACAGAUUAUUUCACUUAGAAUUCACUGUAUCACAAUUCCAGUGGGUCAGAAGUUUACAUACACUAAGUUGACUGUGCCUUUAAACAGCUUGGAAAAUUCCAGAAAAUGAUGUCAUGGCUUUAGAAGCUUCUGAUAGGCGAAUUGACAUAAUUUGAGUCAAUUGGAGGUGUACCUGUGGAUGUAUUUCAAGGCCUACCUUCAAACUCAGUGCCUCUUUGCUUGACAUCAAGGGAAAAUCAAAAGAAAUCUCAAAAUACUUAUUUUCCACCAUAAUUUGCAAAUAAAUUCAUAAAAAAUCCUACAAUGUGAUUUUCUGGAUUUCUUUUUUCUCAUAGUUGACGUGUACCUAUGAUGAAAAUUACAGGCCUCUCUCAUCUUUUUAAGUGGGAGAACUUGCACAAUUGGUGGCUGACUAAAUACUAUUUUUCCCCAAUGUUAUGGCAAAAUGGCUUAAGGACAACAAAGUCAAGGUAUUGGAGUAGCCAUCACAAAGCCCUGACCUCAAUCCUAUAGAAAAUGUGUGGGCAGAACUGAAAAAGUGUGUGCGAGCAAGGAGGCCUACAAACCUGACUCAGUUACACCAGCUCUGUCAGGAGGAAUGGGCCAGAAUUCACCCAACUAAUUGUGGGAAGCUUGUGGAAGGCUACCCGAAUCGUUUGACCCAAGUUAAACAAUUUAAAGGCAAUGCUACCAAAUACUAAUUGAGUGUAUGUAAACUUCUGACCCACUGGGAAUGUGAUGAAAGAAAUAAAAGCUGAAAUAAAUAAUUCUCUCUACUAUUAUUCUGAUAUUUCACAUUCUUAAAAUAAAGUGGUGAUCCUAACUGACCUAAAACAGGGAAUUUUUACUAGGAUUAAAUGUCAGGAAUUGUGAAAACUGAGUUUAAAUGUAUUUGUCUAAGGUGUAUGUAAACUUCCGACUUCAGCUGUAUAUAGCGCAGCAGCCUCUAAGGUGCAGGGUUACGUAACCGGGUGGUAGCCGACUAGUGAUGGCUAUUUAACAGUCUGAUGGCCUUGAGAUAGAAGCUGUUUUUCAGUCUCUCGGUCCCAGCUUUGAUGUACCUGUACUGACCUCGCCUUCUGGAUGAUGAUGGGGUGAACAGGCAGUGGCUCGGGUGGUAGUUGUCCUUGAUUAUCUUUUUGCCUUCCUGUGACAUCGGGUGCUGUAGGUGUCCUGGAGGGCAGGUAGUUUGCCCCUGGUGAUGUGUUGGGCAGACCGCACCACCCUCUGGAGAGCCCUGUGGUUGCGGGCGGUGCAGUUGCCGUACCAGGCGGUGAUACAGCCCGACAGGAUGCUCUCAAUUGUGCAUCUGUAAAAGUUUGUGAGGGUUUUAGGUGCCAAACCACAUUUUUUCAGAUGUGUACGCAGAGAAAGCUUUCCAUCUUCUCCACUGCGGUCCCGUCGAUGUAGGUAGGGGCGUGCUCCCUCUGUCGUUUCCUGAAGUCCACGAGAAGCUCCUUUGUUUUGUUGACGUUGAAUGAGAGAUUAUUUUCCUGGCACCACACUCCCAGGGCCCUCACCUCCUCCCUGUAAGCUGUCUCGUCAUUGUUGGUAAUCAGGCCUACUACUGUUGUGUCGUCUGCAAACUUGAUGAUUGAGUUGGAGGCGUGCAUGGCCACGUAGUCAUGGGUGAACAGGGAGUACAGGAGGGGGCUGAGCACGCACCGUUGUGGGGCCCCUGUGUUGAGGAUCAGCGACGUGGAGGUGUUGUUUCCUACCUUCACCACCUGGGGGCGGCCCGUCAGGAAGUCCAGGACCCAGUUGCACAGGGUGGGGUUCAGACCCAGGGCCCCGAGCUUAAUGAUGAGCUUGGAGGGUACUAUGGUGUUGAAUGCUGAGCUAUGGUCAAUGAACAGCAUUCUUACAUACAGUUGAAGUCGGAAGUUUACAUACACCUUAGCCAAAUACAUUUAAACUCAGUUUUUCCACAAUUCCUGACAUUUAAUCCUAGUAAACAUUCCCUGUCUUAGGUCAGUUAAGAUCACCACUUUAUUUUAAGAAUGUGAAAUGUCAAAAUAAUAGUAGAGAGAAUUAUUUAUUACAGCUUUUAUUUCUUUCAUCACAUUCCCAGUGGGUCAGAAGUUUACAUACACUCAAUUAGUAUUUGGUAGCAUUGCCUUUAAAUUGUUUAACUUGGGUCAAACGCUUCGGGGAACCUUCCACAAGCUUCCCACAAUAAGUUGGGUGAAUCUUGGCCCAUUCCUCCUAACAGAGCUGGUGUAACUGAGUCAGGUUUGCAGGCCUCCUUGAUCGCACACGCUUUUUCAGUUCUGCCCACAAAUGUUCUAUAGGAUUGAUGUCAGGGCUUUGUGAUGGCCACUGCAAUACCUUGACUUUUUAUCCUUAAGCCAUUUUUCCACAACUUUGGAAGUAUGCUUGGGGUCAUUGUCCAUUUGGAAGACCCAUUUGCGACCAAGCUUUAACUUCCUGACUGAUGUCUUGAGAUGUUGCUUCAAUAUAUCUACAUCAUUUUCCUUCCUCAUGAUUCCAUCUAUCUUGUGAAGUGCACCAGUCCCUCCUGCAGCAAAGCACCCCCACAGCAUGAUGCUGCCAACCAAGUGCUUCACGGUUGGGAUGGUGUUCUUCGGCUUGCAAGCUAUCCCCUUUUUCCUCCAAACAUAGCGAUGGUCAUUAUGGCCAAACAGUUCGAUUUUUGUUUCAUCAGACCAGAGGACAUUUCUCCAAAAAGUACGAUCUUUGUCCCCAUUUGCAGUUGCAAACCAUAGUGUGGCUUUUUUAUGGCGGUUUUAGAGCAGUGGCUUCUUCCUUGCUGAGCGGCCUUUCAGGUUAUGUCGAUAUAGGACUCGUUUUACUGUGGAUAUAGAUACUUUUGUACCUGUUUCCUCCAGCAUCUUCACAAGGUCCUUUGCUGUUGUUCUGGGAUUGAUUUGCACUUUUCGCACCAAAGUACGUUCAUCUCUAUGAGACAGAACGCGUCUCCUUCCUGAGCGGUAAGACGGCUACGUGGUCCCAUGGUGUUUAUACUUGCAUACUAUUGUUUGUACAGAUGAACGUGGUACCUUCAGGCGUUUGGAAAUUGCUCCCAAGGAUGAACCAGACGUGCGGAGGUCUACCAUUUAUUUUCUUAGGUCUUGGCUGAUUUCUUUUGAUUUUCCCAUGAUGUGAAGCAAAGAGGCACUGCGUUUGAAGGUAGGCCUUGAAAUACAUCCACAGAUACACCUCCAAUUGACUCAAAUUAUGUCAAUUAGCCUAUCAGAAGCUUCUAAAGCCAUGACAUCAUUUUCUGGAAUUUUCCACUGGAAUUGUGACACAGUGAAUUAUAAGUGAAAUAAUCUGUCUGUAAACAAUUGUUGCAAAUAUUACUUGCCAAAACUAUAGUUUGUUAACAAGAUAUUUGUGGAUUGGUUGAAAAACAAGUUUUAAUGACUCCAACAUAAGUGUAUGUAAACUUCUGACUUCAACUGUAGGUAUUCCUCUUGUCCAGAUGGGGUAGAGCAGUGUGCAGUGCGAUGGCGAUUGCAUCGUCUAUGGAUCUAUUGGGGCGGUAAGCAAAUUGAAGUGGGUCUAGGUUGUCAGGUAAGGUAGCCUCUCAAAGAACUUCAUGAUGACAGAAGUGAGUGGUACGGGCGAUAGUCAUUUAGUUCAGUUACCUUUGCUUUCUUGGGUACAGGAACGAUGGUGGACAUCUUGAAGCAAGUGGGGACAGCAGACUGGGAUAGGGAGAGAUUGAAUAUGUCCGUAAACACUCCAGCCAGCUGGUCUGCGCAUGCUCUGAGGACGCGGCUAGGGAUGCCGUAUGGUCCGGCAGCCUUUCGAGGAUUAACACGCUUAAAUGUCUUACUCACGUCGGCCUCGGAGAAGGAGAGCCCACAGUCCUUGGUAGUGGGCCACGUCGCUGGCACUGUGUUAUCCUCAAAACGGGCGAAGAAGGUGUUUAGCUUGUCCGGAAGCAAGACGUCGGUGUCCGCGACGUGGCUGGUUUUCCCUUUGUAGUCCAUGAUUGUCUGUAGACCCUGCCACAUACGUCUUGUGUCUGAGCCGUUGAAUUGCGACUCCACUUUGUCUCUAUACUAAUGUUUUGCCUGUUUGAUUGCCUUACGGAGGGAAUAACUGCACUGUUUGUAUUCGGCCAUAUUCCCAGUCACCUUGCCAUGUUUAAAUGCGAUGGUUCGCGCUUUCAGUUUUGCACGAAUGCUGCCAUCUAUCCACGGUUUCUGGUUUGGGUAGGUUUUAAUAGUCACAGUGGGUACAACAUCUCCAAUAUACCUACUGAUGAACUCAGUCACCGUAUCCGUGUAUUCAUUAAUGUUAUUCUCAGAGGCUACCCAGAACAUAUCCUAGUCCGCAUGAUCAAAACAAUCUUGAAGCAUGGAUUCCGAUUGGUCAGACCGGCGUUGAAUAGUCCUUAGCACGGGUACUUCCUGUUUGAGUUUCUGCCUAUAGGAAGGGAGGAGCAAAAUGGAGUCGUGAUCAGAUUUGCCGAAGGGAGGGCAGGGGAGGGUCUUGUAGGCAUUUUGAAAAGCUGAGUAGCAGUGUUCUAAUGUUUUCUUAGUGCGAGUGCUACAGUCAAUGUGUUGGUAGAACUUCAAUAGCGUUUUCCUCAAAUUUGUUUUGUUAAAAUCCCCAGCUACAAUAAAUGCGGCCUCCAGGAUAUGUGGUUUCCAGUUUGCAUAAAGUCCAGUGUAGUUCUUUGAGGGCCGUUGUGGUAUCGGCUUGAGGGGGAAUAUACACAGCUGUGACUAUAACCAAAGAUAAUUUUAUUGGGAGGUAUUCUAGGUCGGGUGAACAAAAGUCACUAUAACCACGUUUCCAUCCACAGUUUUUAUGCGAGUAAAGUCAUACCGUAUAUAAACAAAUCACGACAGCUGUGAUGGAAACAGGGAGUUUAGGUACAAUUUUAUAAAUGCCAACAGAUAAUUUGUUCAUUCGACAUGGUGGGAUCUAAAAUGUAUUAUGCGAGAAAUGGCAGUGGAAACGUCUUUAUGCCCAAAUAUUGAUAUAAUAACCAUCAUAUCGAAGUAAACUUGGAGUCACGCGAUGAUAUGGUGUGUGGUCCUCCCACUAUGACUCGGGAAACCAUGCAGUUUAUUAGGCUACAUAUUAAAUAAGUUAUGAACUUCACAGGGUGAUGAAAGUGCACGGUGAUCUUGAUGCUCCUUUCCAAUAAAUAUUGAGGUCUUAAUGUGGUGACAUGAUGAUAGAUGCUUGACUGCCGUUUGACAAAUACAAAUAUUUGAGCUCUUAUCCAUAAUAAUCUCAUAAUGUAGACUAGCCUACCCGCACAGCCUACCCACACUGUAUCUGCGAGCUGUUGGCUAGAGCACACGUGCCAAGACCAGAGUAGGCACAUUUGCUAUUUAACGCAACAGUUGUUAUGAUAGAAAAAUUGGUAGAGUUGAAAAUGCAAUGGAAACAUAUUGAACUUUGGAUUUGUAUCCGCUAUAUGAACACUUAAGCGAAAAAGUACAUUUUGUGUGCAUUACAUCAUCAUGCACUGAUUUUUAUCUGCAACAAGUCCAUUUGUUGGAAACACUACUGGUGGGAAAAUACUAAUAUUUUCUUUAUGCCGAUUCGAGAAUAUUUGCAUGAAAAUCAGUCGCCAAUUGGAUGGAAACCUAGCUUAUGAAAACAUUUAGAACUAACAAUUUUAUUCUAGCUCUGUGAUUGUUACUAAACAUAUAUUUUUGGGAGGUUUUAAGGUUUUACUUCUGAUGCAUUUUGUUUUUAGGUGAAGGACCCCACUUCUUCACCAGAUCCUACAGUCACUGCUGCCCCCGGGGUGCUGCCCCAGGCCACUACACCCGCUACUAGUAAAUCAGCACUCUGCAACACCUGCAUGGCAGCUAGGAGGGAAUCUAGUGGGACCAGAGAAAUAAGGUAACAUCUGCUCACUGGUUGCUGCUCCUACAAGCUUUUAGUUUUACAGGUCUUAAUUGUAAAUUAUUUAGAUUAAAUAAAAAACGAUUCACGAGUUUAAGGACCAGACAUUGAAAUGGGUUUGGAAUAUUUAUUGAGGAAAUGGAGUGGAUGUGAGAAUGAGGAUUCAGGAGGGGAAUGAGAAUGGACCGGAUGAAUCAGAGAGCUGCAGAUGAAGGAUCCAGAGGGGUGGACUCUAGAGUUUGGCUUGGAGUCUCAGGUAGACAUCAUUGUCAGGCAGUGGUAGUUAGGCUGCUGUGGUGGAAACCUCCACAGGAGAGCCUUAGAAGAACAUAAGAGAUACUAGAUAGAAGGUGGGAUGCAAAACUCAAUAAGGCUCAUAAACACACAGCAUCGUGACAUGCGCUGCAGAACAAACCGGAAGAAUGUUAGUUUGGUCAGGUUUAAGUAGGGUGGCAGUGGUGAUUAAGGAGAGUGAGGACCGGUGUGGAGGCUGAUUAGCAAUGAGUUGCAGCUGAUGCUUUUUAGGAGCUGCGUUCAAGGCAACUAGUUAAAGUGUUGUAAACAGGAAUGGCGGCUGAUUGGCAAUUAGUAGCAGUUGCUAGGGAGCUGCGUUCAAGGCAACUAAUUAAAGUGUUGCAUUCAAGUCUGGUCCUCUCCUGAAUUUUUGUUAAUUCUUAACACCAUAAAAAAAAAUAUAUAGACACACGUUUCCACUGACAUGGUCUUCAUCAGGUCUAGAAGGGCCACAGCUUGCCUAAAAGACCCUGAGGGUCGCGACCUGAACCUACUCUACGUUGUGGAGCAUGAGGAAACUGUCGUCAAGGAAAUCGUUGCCAUGGGGAGUGUCCAUAGAGACAAGCCGCCGUUGACUGUAGCAUUCCUGCUGAGUGUGUGUGUCGAACAUUCCGCCACACACCUCCAAACCUCAGAACUCCGCAGACUACUGCUGCUCAUAGCCAGCCAGUUCCAGAACGCCAUGUGGGUCAGUGAGGUUACUGUAUGUUACUUUAUAUUCAAUAUGGCUGUAUGAAUGAUCAUCUCUUAUUUUCUCUUUACAUUUGGAUCAGAAAAGUUUAUAGGCCUAAUAUUUCAUUUUGUCCCCAUGGUUUGUUACAGGAACACACCAAUGAGCUUGCUGCUAGUCAACCUGAAGUGUGAGUGCCUGCACAAAGCCAAAUAUUUCCAUCUCUGUAUUACACAGAGUUACACAUGCCAAUAAAAUCCUUGCCACUGUAUGAUUAUAGGCAUAGGAUCUGAUUCCAGAUCUGUUCCUUGGUAUCCCAGUCUCUGUAGUGAUCCAGAGGAGCAGCAGCCUCUCAACCUGGCAGAACUGGUCUCAGGCCUGCGUCCCCUGGUGGUCUGGAUGUCCAACGCCAUGGAGUUGCUGUAUUACAUCCAACAACAGCUGCCCCAAACACUGGCCUGGAGGUCACACAGAGAGCAGGGGGUGGAGGCAGAGGGAAAGGAACACAAUGACAAGGAGGAUGAAGAGAGGGAGGAGGAGUGUAUGGGUUAGUUUUGGGCUUUUCUAGCCUAGCCUCACCUGCUAGCCAGGGGACUAAAAGCCUAAAGAAAGCCUACGAAGAACUUUACGUAGGAUCCAUAACACCUAUUAAGACAUUUACCUAUAUUUUCUGUUUGUUGUCAGCCCUGUUGGAGAUGAGGCUGUCGUAUGUGAGGUCGGCCAGUGAAGAAGCCAUGACGGUUCUGGAGGAAGUUAUCAUGUUGACCUUUCAGCAGUGUGUCUACUACCUCACCAAGGUCAGUAUCCCACACACCUGAACUUUAAGCUCCAUCAGUCACAUUUUAGUGAGUUCAGCACCCGAGACUAGACCAGGGGUACACAACUGGCCUACAACUGGAGAACUUUAAAGGACUAAACUCCUCAGCAACACGCUACAUACCCCCUGAUGUAGUAGUUAGCUCACAUUGCUUUAGCUUUUCCCUUCAGGGACUGAUAGGUUUGUUGUGUCUCUUAGUCUGAGAAAGAAAAACAAUCAGAGAGGGAGUCGGUACAAAGAGUCCAGUUAGUUAGUCCUCUCUAGAGCAGAGCCCUGAGAGAGGCUUUCUGAUAGAGCAGCCUUAUUGGACUGCUACACUGGGGUCUUUAUUGCUGGUCACAGACAGACAGCAGGGGCAUUGUAGGGCUGUGUGUGUGCGUCAGGCCUCUUGUCAUUAAGGAGUUUAGAAGUGUUGCCAGGUGUGUGUGUGUGCAUGUGUGUAUACUGUUUGAGAGGAACUAUUGGCAGCUGGGGUACAGCUGGUUGCCUUAUAUCAGUCGGCACACCAUCAGUCAAAGUGUGUAGUCUGACAAAGAAUUCCACAAUGGAAGUUUACUUUGUCAUCUUUUGAUCACUCCUUGGAGAGGGUCAGGGAUCGUUGUUAUCAUAAACAGACGUCAUAGACACAGUCCUCAUCCACCUCGACCACCCUCUGCCUAACCCUGCCUGUGAUCUGUGACUGCACACUACAGUACCUCCCAAACCAAGAGAACAUGACAUAGUCAUGUACAGGAAGCCACGUCAAGCGUUAGCCAUGUUAGCAUUAGCAUCAGCCAAGGUAAAUUAACUCAAGCCGAGCGUUAGGUGCAGCCUAUGCUAAAUGCUACGCUAACUGGAAGUCAGUUGUAUGCUUACUGAGGCCAGAGGAGUCCAUGGCACUGCUCCGUAUCUGUUUCCUGUUCAGGAAGGAAGUGGGAGGGAAAGAGUAUCAUCACUAUAAUUUCUCCAAAGAGGAAACAGAAUAGAUUCCUGGAGAGGGUUCGGGGAUAGGCAGGCUAGCAGGUUAGCAGUGAUGACCUAUUGAACUGUACAGGUCUUCAACUGAAGCUCCCAACCAUAUGACAGCAUUGGUGCAUUGGCAUUUCAACUGACUCAGUCUACAGAUAAUGACAAGUGAUUCAUCCAACAGACAGAACCCUCUCUGUUAUGUCUCCUGGGUUUCAUAACCACGUCUUUAUAACAAUUCAAUUAUGAUGAGACAGGAGACGGGAAACAGUUUAACCAUUUAUCUGGAACAUGAUCAUCUCAACACACACAACUCCCAUGAUGCUCUUCGGCACAACCCCAACACACAACAUCUCCUCCCACCUACUUAAAUUGUACCCAUUGUGAACAACAGUAACUGUUCUACAAGUCCAAGCAUCUAGGUGCCCGCCUACCUCUUGAAUGGUAACGGUGGUCAACCUGACUCUCAACAACAAUGUCUCUAGACUGUGGCGUUGACACAGGUGUAGGUAUUUGAGUAGCCUGUGUCACAGUCUCAUCACACACUUGUGUUGUUGCGGCUGAGUCAGUGUCCUAAGAACAUGACUGUGAGCCCCUAGGUGAUGACUGCUGGGUCAGGGUGUCACCCAGUAACAGUUCUGGACCUCUCAUGACUGGUGGUUCUGUCGGUGUGACCUUACUCAACAGUAACUGCCUACUGGGCACACUACGUCAUUUCAACUUAAUUGGGUAACAUUUGGUUGAGACGUUGAUCAACAAGAUUAAAACGUACGUAUAUUCACACACUCAAAGAGAGUUUUAGAAUUUUGGUAAGAUCGAGUUUGAAAACUUGACUAAUAAUUACCUCAGUGCAUUUGUAAAGUAUUCAGACCCCUUGACUUUUUCCACAUUUUAUUACGUUACAGCCUUAUUCUAAAAUUGAUUAAAUACACAUUUUCCCUCAUCAAUCUACACACAAUACCCCAUAAUGACAAAGCGGAAACAGGUUUUAGAAAUGUUUGCAAAAAACCAACAACAAAUAACUGAAAAAACAUCCUGUUUCCAUUGAUCAUCCUUGAGAUGUUUCUACAACUUGAUUGGAGUCCACCUGUGGUAAUUUCAAUUGGAAAAGCACACGCCUGUCUAUAUAAGGUCCCACAGUUGACAGUGCAUGUCAGAGCAAAAACCAAGCAAUGAGGUCGAAGGAAUUGUAUGUAGAGCUCUGAGACAGGAUUGUGUCAAGGCACAGAUCUGGGGAAGGGUACCAAAACAUUUUUGCAGCUUUGAAGGUCCCCUAGAACACAGUGGCCUCCAUCAUUCUUAAAUGGAAGAGGUUUGGAACCACCAAGACUCUUCCUAGAGCUGGCUGCCCGGCCAAACUGAGCAAUCGGGGAAGAAGAGCCUUGGUCAGAGAGGUGACCAAGAACCCGAUGGUCACUCUGACAGAGCUUCAUCUCCUCUGUGGAGAUGGGAGAACCUUCCAGAAGAACAACCAUCUCUGCAGCACUCCACCAAGAUUGAACUCUUUGGCCUGAAUGCCAAGCGUCGCAACUGGAGGAAACCUGGCACCAUCCCUUCGGUGAAGCAUGGUGGUGGCAGCAUCAUGCUGUGGGGAUGUUCUUCAGCGGCAGGGACUGGGAGACUAGUCAGGAUCAAGGGAAAGAUGAACGGAGCAAAGUACAGAGAGAUCCUUGAUGGAAACCAUAGCACUCAAGACCUCAGACAGGGGCAAAGGUUCACCUUCCAACAGGACAACAACCCUAAGCACACAGCCAAGACAACGCAGGAGUGGCUUUGGAACAAGUCUCUGAAUGUCCUUGAGAUGGCCUAGCCAGAGCCCAGACUUGAACCCGAUCGAACAUCUCUGGAGAGACCUGAAAAUAGCUGUGCAUCGACGCUCCCCAUCCAACCUGACAGAGCUUGAGAGGAUCUGCAGAGAAGAAUGGGAGAAACUCCCCAAAUAGAAGUCUGCCAAGUUUGUAGCGUCAUACCCAAGAAGAAUCGGGCUGUAAUCGCUGCCAAAGGUGCUUGAACAAAGUACUGAGUAAAGGGUCUGAAUACUUACGUAAAUGUGAUAUUUCAAUUUUUUAUAUUUAAUACAUUUACAAAAAUUUCUAAAUACCUGUUUUUGCUUUGUCAUUAUGGGGUAUUGUGUGUAGAUUGAUGAGAAAUAAAUAUAUUUAAUCCAUUUUAGAAUAAGGCUGUAACGUAACAAAAUUUGAAAAAAGUCAAGGGGUCUGAAUACUUUCCGAAUGCACUAUAAUUUUGUAUAUAUUAGUUUUUUACUCAAACCACACCGCGGGCAGUAUGUUUGACACCCCUGCUGUAAAGUUUUUCAUCCUACCCAGCUCUCCAUUAAAUACUUUUACAUGUUUAUUUAAAAUGGCCGGUAGGCUUGUGUCUCCAUGUGUCAUUGUAAUCCAGUGUGAUUUUCUCCAACCACAACCAUCCCAGUAGUGAUGGAUAGUCCCCUUUCACGACGUAGAGUGGCAGCUUAUCAGUUUGUCCGUUUAACUAAACUGUGAGCUCAGUGAUACCUCUCACAGCGACAGAUUCACCUGCGUAAGUCUUUAACACGAUGUGUGCUGGCUGAAGUGGAAGGUGUUUCAGUGUCUUUUUGUAGACUGUGUCUGACACGAGAUAGAGCUGCCCCUGUGUCUAUCUCCAUACGCACUGGUUGCCUCUCUAGCAACUGAGAGACACACUAGCCGUGCGGUCCCCUUGCAACAGUCAGGAUAUUCAGUUCGACUUCCUCGUCUGAUGAGUCAUUCAUCCCAGUGGUCUCUUGCUCAAACGCGUGAACAUGUCUCUUUUUCCUUUUGUUGGAAUGUCUCUUUCUUCUUUUCAGUCUUUCACAUUUUCUAUUUUUGUUUCUGCACGCUCGCUCAAUGUGGCCCUUUUUACCACAGGCUCGGCAAUCCAUGUCCUUACACCAGCAUAUAGGCGCCUGAUGUCCCACCGUGCCUCAGUGGAAGCAUGUGCCUUCAUUUCUCUAUCUGUGAUUUUCAGUUGCAACUGUGCACUUUUCCUGAUGAACUCAAACUGCUGAGCCUCUUUAGCAGCUAGUUCCAUGGACACACUGACUUCAGUGGCUCUUGACAAGGUCAGAUUACUUUCAGUCAAUAGUCUCUUUUGUGUAGCUUCACUCUGUAGCCCACAUACUAGUCUGUCUCUAUUGGUGUCAUUUAGAACAUCAUUAAACUCACAGUGCUCUGAUAGUUUAUUUAAUGCAGCAGCAAAACAUUGUCACUGAUUCUCCCUCUUCCGGAUUUCUUUUGUGGAACCUUUCAGCAAUAACUAGUGGUUUUGGUGAAAAGUGUCCUUUCAGUAUUUCCACAAUCUCCCCAUACAUCUUAUUACCUGGCCUGACUGGCUGUAGCAGGCUGCGUAGUAAACUAAUGUCUUUGGCCCCGUAACACAAAAAAAUGUAGGCACAAUUUUGUCCUCAUCAAUGUCAUUUGCAAGAACAAAAAAUCCAAUGUUUUAAACAAUUCCAGCCAUUUUUCGUUUCUCAAUAGGCUCCUGAUUAUCACUCACUAAAUAUUGUCCACAACCACAUUUUCCUCAGUCACGUGAUCUUCAUUCACUUCACUCACUGACUUUUCAUCCUCAAGUUAGCUCAUUUAGUAGUUUUUAAUUCCAAAGUUCGUCUUUCCUUUACUGUAUAUCCCUCCUAUUUUAAUCUCGUUGUUUUCCCACUCCAACGUCCGUCUUGAAUCAUUUUCUGCCAUCGACGAUGCUAACUCUCUCUUAGCUAGCUCGACUAUUCACUUGCCUCUGCUAGCAAUACACUGUGCUAACGGAAAAUAAGUUUUAAACUUGUAAAAACCAACAUCUUCCAGACAGAAUAGUUCCUGUAUGUUCAGACUUACUCAUCAUCAAUCUUUUGUUAUGUCUCCUGGGUUUCAUAACCACAUCUUUAUAACAAUUCAAUAAUGAUGAGACGGGAAACAGGAAUUCAGUUCAGUCAUUUAUCUGGAACAUGAUCAUCUCAACACACACAACUCCCAUGAUGCUCUGCAACACAAUCCCAACACACAACACUCUAGAUAAGUUUGUGGUUUACAUAUUUUUGCACAAUGCAGAAGGAAAUGGUUGUCCACUCUGUGAACUACCUGGCCUCAGUAUCCAUUUCUGCUGUGCUGGGAUGCAUUUGAGUCAUACGAUCCUGAGGGUUUCCAGAUGUUUAGGUCAUGUCUGUUCAUUCAUGGAUGACAAUGUAAUACUUACUGCUAUAUCUAAAUUCCUGUAAAUCUAGUGGUUUAUUGGUAUGUCUGAUGAUUCCUUUUUCCAAAUCCAUCCUCAAUCUCUGUUUUGAGCUCAUGGUCCUACUCAAGCUGUGUAGUCCUAGUGAUUUGUGUGGUUCUAAGUUUGUGUUGCUCCUUGAGCUGUGCAGAGAUGUGUAGUUCUGGUGAUUGUGUGGUUGGUGGGUUUCUCUGGAUGUAGAUCUCCUCAUCGAUCAUAUAUGUCAGGACUAGAGCUCUAGUUAGUUCCAGUUAGUUCUGACAGCUAGACUGGACCAAACAAUGCUAGGAAUGUGUUAGCAGCAGGGGCGAGCUGUGUGUGUGUGUGUGUGUGUGCGAGGCUAGCAUUCAUGGGGAAAGCUUCUCAAAGCCUCACUUCUUCACAGAUCUCUAUUCAUCUUUGUAUGGCAGCCAGGGUUAUAUUUUAUAGGAAAAGGGUGUUUAUCGAGGGCUACCUGUAUGUGUGACUGUGUGUCAAGGUGUGUGACUGUGUGUGGGUGGGGGGGGUGUAUGUUCAAGAGACAGGACCGCAGAAUUGAUAUUCUCCCUCUCAAUACUCUCCCUUGUCACAACACUCUGAGAAUACUGGUCUGGUGUGUGUUGCGUGUGUGUGCUACUGUUUUCUGAGCAAAUUCAAAUGUAAACCAAACAGAGCUGAAUGGCUUGUCUAAAGCUAUAAUAACAGAAAUGAAAUGAUGUGCUUAUAUUGGGAUCAUGUCGUGCCAUUCCAUCUGGUGUAGGGGAAACAGAUGCUGGUGUGGGCUGGAAAACAAAAGACUCUUCUGGUGAUCAGCCGGUCCCAGAGGAGGACCUGGCAUGAAUACACAAACACGCACGCAUGCACACACACACACACACACAUACACACACACACACAUACAUACAUACAUACCCACACUUUCCGCCUACAGGGCAUGAUAAGUGCCAUGGCUACAUGUGGCAUUACAGUGAAACACUGGAACAUGGUGAGGGUGUGUCAUUGUUUUGUUGGGCAUCUGGUGAUGAGCUACAUUUUCCAACUGAAAACAUGGACACAUUGUUUGGGUCUAUUUCUCCUAAUUUCCAGUGUCUCCUGUUUGGAUGUCAUGGGAAAUGUUACGCUGAUAUAUGCAAUGGCUUAGGACUCAUGAAUGUACAGUAUAUAGGCCACUAAACCAGAGCAAUAAGCAUGGAGAUAUAUUCACUAUACUGCUGUACUAUACUGUAAAGGGAUGUGAAAGAGAAUAAGUCACUCAGUGUUUCUGUACUGUACCACUCAGCAGUUUGUCAUGCCAAGCCCACACACGCCAGACUCACAGGCUUUUUUCAUAAUACAUAUUCCGCUCUGUAGGAAUGUCGAUCCAUGGAGCUCGCUGGCUGGUGUCUCCAGUGCCAAGUGAGAUUGGGAGGAGGGGUGGGGUGGAGGAGAGUGCUGAGGGACAGGGAGGGGUGGGGGGGCUUGUUCUGUCUGACUACAAUUAGCCAGAACAAAGCUAUCAUUGUCACAGCUAGCCUGCCCUGUAGAGGAGAGGAAAGGGGGCUUUUGGCUGAGAAGAAAUUAGGGGGGGGGGGGGGGGGAGGAGUAGCUGCAGACAUUAACUGUAGUCUAGUCUCCCACUACUCUCUGUCAGACCUCAUCUCUGGUCAAACACCCCACAUUCACAGGGCAAUCAUUCUGCUGCAGGGGGAGCGGUAUAAUCUGUUAUAUUGUAUAUACAGUAGGUCCCGUGUAGCUCAGUUGGUUGUGGGUUCGAUUCCCACGGGGGGCCAGUAUGAAAAUAUAUGUACUCACUAACUGUAAGUCGCUCUGGAUAAGAGCAUCUUCUAAAUGACUCAAAUGUAAAUGUAUCUUAUCUUUGUAUCCCCUCCAGACUCUGUACCCUAUUCUGCCUAGUUUACUGGACAGUGACCCAUUCAGGGGGAGCAGUGGGCUGCUUCUCCCCGAGGAAAAUGAGCCGUUCCUGGAUAGCGGUGGUGUGCAGGUCCCUGGGGAGACAGACCAGGUCCUGGAGGUCCUGACAGAGACCAGCAGACUGCUACAGGACUGUCAGCUCCACAAUGAGAUCUCCUCUCAGCUCCUGGCCUAUCUCUUCUACUUUAUCAAUGCCUCACUGUUCAACACACUCAUGGAGAGAGGUGAGGACACACACACACACACACACACACACUCUCUCUUUCUACGUCAUCAACACUGAUCUUUUUGUGUGUGAAGGUUCAGAGGUUGAAUUCUACCAGUGGUCCAGAGGGGUCCAUAUCAGUGCUAACCUAGACCUGCUACUGGACUGGGCCCAAGGGUCUGGGUCUGGACUGGGAGACUUGGUUGUGGAACACCUCCACACACUCUCCUCUGCUGUCAACCUACUGGCCACGCCAAGGGAACAACUAAUGCAGGUCAGAGACGCUCAUACACACGUGCAUGUGUGCAUACACACACACACACACACACACACACACACACACACACACACACACACACACACACGGGAGAGGGGAGAGGUGACACACACACACGCUCACUCCUCCACACACACACUUUCCCUGUAGUCCUCCUGGGAGUCCCUGCGGUGUGCGUUCCCCAGUCUGAGUCCAGCCCAGCUCCACCACCUGCUGAGGGGCUACAGCCCAGCCACACCCUGGCCCCCACACUGGGCCCCUUCUGAUGAGGAUCAACUAGCUACACAGAACACUGGUCAGUUGGUUGAUUGUCUGCUGUUAGUCCACUAUAGUAAACAUCUGGCUUGUUUUGUGGCUUGGUUUUUUCAGUGUUGCCAUUUCAAACUGAGACAAGCAAACCAGCAACAUAGACACAGUAUUAAACCUAUGAUGACUACAUGAUAUUUGUGCUACAUGAUCCUUUGAUUUACUUUCUCUUAACCCGGUAUCCUCCCCCUCUUGUCCUCCUCUCACUAGCUGAUAUCCUGGAGAGUUUUGACAGCCACCCUCCCCUGGUGCUGCCCAGCUCUGGUUUCAGCCUGGGGCUCAGGGGAGAGGUGACAGACUCAGGCCUGGCUGGACAGCUCAGGAGGUUGCAGGAGUUCAUCAGCAACCUGUCUGUCAAAGAGUCACCAGGGAACAUCACUCAUACGCACACGCAACAGGUAACACAUCUGGUUCACACCUAUUGCUUGAAUUAAUUAGACAUGGGUUUAUAUCUAUAUGAUACUGGUCUACUACUUUUUUUGUGGAACUAUUUUGUUCUAGAACUCUUUUAGAACUCAUAUGCUCUGUUCUGGAACUCCCACAGGAUUCCGCUGUUCCCAUGGAAGCCAAGCUGACAAAAAUGGCAACUCUCCCAAAGGCCUCCCUGGAGUUUUUCGACUCCCCCCCCGCAGAGAAGGUCCUACCUCUGGCCUCUCUCUCCAGCCCCUCUCCCCCAUCACCCCACUCUCAAUUAUCUAUGCCCUCUCCCCUUCACCCUCCCCCCUCUCCCCCCCUGCAAAGCCCCUCUCCCCCAAGUGAUUUGAACUCUUGUGGGGCCCUGCUGACCCAGAAGCUGAAGAGCCUGGAGCUCAAGUUCAGAGAGACAGACCUAAGCCCCCUCACCCAGAGGAGGUCAGCCCUGGACCCCUCCUGUCUCCUCACCCCUCCUAACACCCCCCAUAGCCUGGAGCUGGUUGACCCAGAGACUGAGCAUCGGGAGGAUGAAGAGGAGGAUGAAGAGGUGUUUACUCUAGAGCUACAGAGAGGAGAUAGAGGACUGGGAUUGGCUCUGGUGGAUGCAAGGGUGAGCUAAAGAGACAAUGAUAUACACUUUAAAAAAUGACUAUUUGGAUCAACCCAAAAAACAAUACUUCAACUGGUUACAAGUAAAUGAGUUAGGUUUUCUCAUUUGAAAAAAACUACAUUUGUUAAAACCAAAUAUAUUAUUCAAUGCCAACUGUUAUAUUUGAUUAUUAACAAACCUAUAUUUCAAGUUGUAACCUAUUUCUUUCAACACUCAACCUACUUUUCCCCUUUGGUUAAACCUAAUAAAUAACAAAUACAACCUAAUGUCAACCUACUGGCCACGCCAAAGGAACAACUAAUGCAGGUCAGAGAUGCUCAUACACACGUGCAAAGGUGACACACAAACGCUCACCCCUACACACACACUUAAUGCCGAUUUAUUUCCCUGUGAGUUACAAACAAUUGGGUUAAAAAAAAACAAUUAAAUCAGUUCCCCUGUAAAUUAAUGAAUGAAGUUUGUUCAAUAACUUGAAAUAAUCUUUCCAAACGUAUCCUAAAUGACAUUUUAGUCAUUUAGCAGACAAUUUAUCAGGCUGUCUUAUCCAGAGCAAUUAGGGUUAACUGCCUUGUUCAAGGGCACAUCAACAGAUUUUUUUGACCUAGUUGGCUCGGGAUUCACCUUUCAGUUUCUGGCCCAACACUCUUAACCGCAAGGCUAACUUCACAUUUACUAACCACAAUAUCAUAACCAACUAUAGCUACAUUAACACAGACAACUUAUCAGGCUGUUUAAUAUCAUGUGCCCUCAUAUUUUUACCGAUGCUGGCAGUGUUUAAGUUAGAAUAAGAAAUACAAUAGACCACAUUAACUGGAAAUGACAUUCAAUCUCACGGGUGGGCAAAAAGAACAAAGUGAAAGCCUCGCCCCAAUAAACCACACCUCCAACUCUUCUGAUUGGCUGCCACCGCUACAUUGCCCCCACCGCUUUUCAAUGCACAUGCACAUAUGAGGUGUUGAAAGCAAUUAAGAAGCUUUCACUCAAUUCCAAUAAUCACAUUGAUCAGACAAACUGAUUAGAAUAGGUUGAACAAACCAAAGCGUAAUUUUCGAUAAUUCCAACAGUGUACUCUUCUCUAUUCUGCCCCAUCUAAAACAUCCUGCAGCUCUCCAGGACCAGUGGUGUUUGUGCUGUCUGAGUGACUGGCCUUAACCUUGGUGAGGUUUAUCUUUAGGUAAUAACUCACUCUGAAAACAUCCACUUUAGACCUCCCUGGUUGCCCUGAUGGCUAUCUGCGAUAACUCACUCAGAGUCUGUGAGAAAAAAACAACAAGGUCCAUGGUCAAAUCCAUGAAGCUCAGAUGACAGGAGUAGCCAUUUUUAUCAUCUCCUCUAUCUGCCCUAAAAACCAGGUUUCGUCAUAUAUCAUUGUAUGAAGCUCUAUACUGUCUCCUCCACACCUGGGUCCAAUAGUCCAGCAUGGUGGUCUGAGAACUGUUUGUUUUCUUUAAAAUAGCAGAUAAUUAAGAGCUUUUCAGGACUGGGUUUUUAUCUGGGUUUGCAUGACUUGUUUGGGGUUAAGAUUUCGAGGUAAUUAGUAGACAUGAGAGGAUGCAAAUGGUCUGUUUUUGGUAUGCAUUAUUUGGCCACUCGGUCUCUGGAGGUCUAUUUUGUGUCGGACAUUGCCCUCUGGUGGUCUGAAAACUAAGUGCAAUUUCGAUGUUGAACAUGAGUAAAUAACCUCAUGUCACAGUGAAUACGUUUACAUGCACACUAAUAAUUCGAUAUUAAAUGGAUUAUGGCAGAAGGCAGAGUAUGGCAUUAGUCAUGUAAACACCUUACUCUUUUUAUCUUAAUCGGCGUAAGGUCAUAAUCGAAGUAAGCAUACGGCGAUUAAAACCUGGUUUUCUGAGCAAUCUUUCGAAUGAUUAGGACAUGUAAACAGCUUAAUCGGCGUACCCAGUGGUGUAUUUGAUCUGCGCAAACUUCCCUCUUAUGCGCGAGUGAAGUGAGUUCGAAAAAACUGAAAGUAUGCAUCUUAUAAAUAGUUUUCACAUACAAACUUUAUAUGUCCGAACUCAGAAUCAAAUAGUAUUCGCAAAAAAAACAUGGUCACUGUGGUAGAAAGUUUGUUUUGAUUGGCGAUUUUCUGCAUUUAUCAAAAGUCAGAUGUGUCCAUCCAUGUAAACAGGAUUAUUAGGGGAAUCAUUUUUCUUGCAAAGCAUGAAAAUGUUUUAAAUAACUAUUAUAUUAACCUGACUGUCCACAAUAAUCGCAUUAUUGUGUGUAUGUAACUGUGCUCAGUGUUGUACUUUAGUUUCUAUACCCAUUAAACUGUGUUGAAAUGUCACACUUGUUUUACACACCUUUAAAACACCUUUAUUCUUAUUGCACUAAAAUGGCUACAUAUUUCAGCAUGAAUUGUGUGGUAAAAUGUUAUUUUGGUUCCUGUAUGGUCAGGACACAGCCUUGAAGCUGAGUGGUAUCCUGAUCCGUGCGGUGGUGCCAGACUCCCCUGCAGCACGCUGUGAGAGGCUGGGUCCAGGAGACAGGAUCCUGGCUGUCAAUGGAGUCAGUUUGCUGGGACUGGACUACACCAGGUGAUAGAGAAAUUGGUUGGUUGAUGAAUUGAUUGAUUUUGUUUGACUUUCUUUGAUAACAUUACUAAUGUAUAAAGUCUCUCUCUCUCUCAGUGGUAAGGAGCUGAUCCAGUCUUCAGGGGACAGGCUCAGGCUGCUGGUGGCCAGGUCAGAGUGGAGAGCCAUCACUAAAGUCAGCAUUUAGUACCCUAACCAUCACUAAAUGCUAAGUGGCCUUCAACAAGUUCCCUUCCAGGACAAGCGAUAAAGUGUACUUUGAGUACAGGUGUACUUUGGAGACAAGCAAUGAAGUGCACUUUCAGGACACAAGAUUUGAAAAUAAGCAAGUGUACUAUGGCCAUCUUUUUCAGAUCCUCAUGAACACAAAGGCACCCAGCAGUCCUACAGAAAUUGUACACUGUGAUUUCAUGGUAUGGCUUAUCCAGCUCUUCAGUCUCUAAUAUGGAGAUACGUAUCCAGCUCUUCAAUAUAGAGAAAAUUAAUUAUUAAUAAACAUUUUAUGAAUCAUUAAUUGAUGUGGUUAUAAUAUUCCCAGAGGGCAUAGGAGUAUUUACACUGCUCUUUCCAUGACAGACUGACCAG